AUGUCCUCCUCCUCCUCCUCCUCCUCCUCCUCCUCCUCCUCCUCCUCAACGAUAGACAACGUCAAAGAAGCCGCCCAAGGCAACACCGGCCCUCUCAAACAACAAAUCCCCUCCGCGGACCAGGCAAAACACCAAGCGCAGACCGAAUUCCAGAAAGCCAAAGACAGCAUCCCCUCAUCCACGCAAGAAGUCAAAGAGAAUGUCGAACAGGCGGCGAAGAAAUCCUUCCAAUCGCUGCGGGAUUUCGUGGCGGGCGGUGUAGGUGGGCUGUGUGCGGUGGUGGUGGGACAUCCGUUUGAUCUGGUCAAGGUGCGCUUGCAGACGGCGGAGAAGGGGGUGUAUACGGGUGCGAUGGAUGUGGUGCGGAAGACGAUAGCCCGCGAGGGGCCUGUGAGGGUAAGAAAGAUCUCCAUACACCAUAUCAUGCGUCCUUACCUACCUGGCUGGGAGGGCUAGAGAGAAGCGUGGGCAUUAUUGACUCGUGUGUGUGUGUUGUCUUGUAGGGAUUGUAUGCUGGCGUAUCGGCGCCUCUGGUAGGCGUGACGCCCAUGUGUAAGUCCUCCAAUCUCCCACCAGGCCAACCCACCUGCUAACAAUGCCCCCCAAGUCGCCGUGAACUUCUGGGCCUACGGCGUCGGCAAACAACUCGUCGAUUCCUUCUCCACCGUCCAAAACGGGCAAUACUCCAUCGGCCAAGUCUCCUUCGCCGGCUUCUUCUCCGCCAUCCCCAUGACGGUCAUCACCGCGCCCUUCGAACGCGUCAAGAUCAUCCUGCAAAUCCAAGGCCAGAAGCAGCUCGCGCCGGGGGAAAAACCGCGCUACGCCGGCGGUCUGGACGUCGUGCGACAGCUCUACAAGGAAGGCGGCAUCCGCAGCGUCUACCGCGGCUCCCUCAUGACCCUCGCGCGCGACGGGCCCGGCAGCGCCGCCUACUUCGCCACGUACGAGCUUCUCAAGCGCCGAUUGACGCCCAAGGACCCGGACACGGGCAAGCCGGGGCAGAUGAGCCUGACGGCCAUCAUGACGGCCGGCGGCGCUGCGGGUGUCGCUAUGUGGACUGCCGUCUUCCCCGUCGAUACGGUCAAGAGCCGCUUGCAGAGCGCCGAGGGCAAUCAGAGCAUCAUGGGCUGCAUCCGGGAACUGUACGGCCGAGGCGGUUUCAAGGCUUUCUUCCCGGGCGUGGGCCCGGCUAUGGCGAGAGCCGUGCCGGCCAAUGCGGCGACGUUUUUGGGCGUGGAAUUGGCGCAUGCGGCGAUGAACAAGGCGUUCUAA